CAGAGACUGAGCCACCGGAGAUCAUGAAGCUGAAGCUGGUGCUGCCGAACCCGGGUCUUGAGGAGCGGAUCUUGAACCAUGAGGCGCUGGAGAGGCUGGAGGUGGAGGAGGCUGGAGACAGACCCAAGUGGGACAACAAAGCCCAAUACAUGCUGACCUGCGUGGGCUUCUGUGUGGGGUUGGGCAAUGUCUGGCGGUUCCCCUACUUGUGCCAGAGCCAUGGAGGAGGUGCCUUUAUGAUUCCUUUCCUGAUCCUGCUGGUUUUUGAGGGAAUCCCUCUUCUCCAUCUGGAGUUUGCCAUCGGGCAGCGACUGAGGAAAGGCAGUGUGGGUGUCUGGAGGACUAUUAACCCAUAUAUGCUUGGAGUUGGCAUUGCAUCUAUGUGUGUGUCUUUUCUGGUCAGUCUGUACUACAACACCAUCAUAGCCUGGGUUAUGUGGUAUUUCUUCAACUCCUUCCAGGAUCCUUUGCCCUGGAGCCAGUGCCCCAUCAAUGAAAACAGAACAGGACCGAUUCCAGAGUGUGGGAAGAGCUCACCAGUGGAUUAUUUCUGGUAUCGUGAGACUCUGAACACUUCAGCGGCUAUAGAUGAUACGGGUGGUCUGCAGGUGUGGAUGGUCCUCUGUUUGAUCUCUGCAUGGGCAGUGCUGUAUGUCUGCUGCAUCCGUGGAAUAGAAACCACUGGGAAGGCGGUAUAUGUGACGUCUACGUUACCGUAUUUGGUUCUUACGAUCUUCCUGAUUAGAGGACUCACUCUGAAAGGAUCCGUUGAUGGAAUUAAAUUCCUCUUUACUCCAGAUAUAAACGAGCUGGCAAACCCUAGCACAUGGCUGGAUGCUGGUGCACAAGUGUUUUAUUCAUUUUCUCUAGCUUUUGGAGGUCUCAUCUCUUUUUCCAGCUAUAACUCUGUGCACAAUAACUGUGAGCAAGAUGCAGUAAUCAUCUCUGUCAUUAAUGCGUUCACUUCCAUCUAUGCGGCCACUGUCAUUUACAGCAUAAUUGGUUUCAGAGCCACAGAGAGAUUUGAUGACUGUAUGAAUGGGAACAUCUUGACUCUUCUGAACACAUUUGACCUGCCAGAGGGGUUCAUCAAUCAAAGCAACUAUCAAGAUGUUUUUCAGAGCCUUAAUUCUACAAGCCCUGACAUAAUCAGCAGCCUUAGCCUUAAGACCUGUGAUCUGAACAACUUCCUCAGUGAGGGUGUAGAAGGAACGGGUCUUGCCUUUAUUGUGUUCACUGAGGCAAUCACCAAGAUGCCACUGUCUCCACUCUGGUCCGUCCUGUUCUUCAUUAUGCUCUUCUGCCUUGGCUUGUCCUCCAUGUUUGGCAACAUUGAGGGUGUUCUGGUUCCCCUGCAGGACCUAGGGGUCUUCCCCAAAAGCUGGCCUAAGGAAAUUAUUUCAGGUGUGACGUGCUUGGUGUGCUGUCUGGUUGGGCUGAUAUUUGUCCAGGGCUCAGGAAACUACUGGCUGGCCCUAUUUGACAGCUUUGCUGGCUCUAUUCCUCUCCUCAUUAUUGCUUUCUCCGAGAUGAUUGGAGUUGUAUACGUUUAUGGCAUUGACAGGUUCAAUGAAGACCUGAUAUUCAUGAUAGGACACAAACCUAACAUCUUCUGGCAAGCCACAUGGAGAUUCAUAAGCCCUCUCAUCAUGUUGGCCAUCUUCGUUUUUUACUUUUCCACCACAGUCACCAAGGAAAUCUUUUACAGCGCUUGGGAUCCUGAAUCGGAAAAUUUCCCAACUCUAGAGAAGAAGCCAUAUCCAACAUGGAUCUACGUAAUAAUAUUUCUGCUGGCUGGGGUUCCUAGUUUGGCUGUACCAGGAACUGCUGUUUUCAGAGCCAUUCGAGACUAUUGCUGCAAAAAACAUCCCAGUGCUUCAAUUCAACAACUAGAUUCUGUAUCUUACAAAGUUCAAAUGCAUGAUGAAGAAGUGAAGACACAAAAGACUGAGAAAUUUGACCAAAAGUUGUAUACAUGAGAUCUAACUGAACCUGCUAUGCCAUAAUUUUAGGCCCACACAUACAUAAAUGUCUUUCUGGAAUUGACAGAUUAUUGCUAUAAUAUUUGCCCUUGAAAAUGUGCUUGCAAAAUGUUACAGUGGUUUCAACUUCCAGUUUCCAAUUUUCCAUUAAAAUUUAAUUUACCAACAGUACACAGAUAAAGCUAAGACACUAAAUUAGGGCUUACUGGAUUAGAGAGAUUAAUAUAUUUUUAAUUGGUUAUAUAUCAUUUAAAAUAUAUGCAAUUUUAUACACAUUUUAAGAAAUAAGAAAAGAUAAAAAGUAAUGAUGAUAAGAAAACUGUGUGGCUAAUUUGAUAGUGGUACGUGGCAGACAUGUUUUUGUGCUUUAAAAUAUUGAUAAGCGUAUUUAUUUUUGUAACAAAUAAUGGCAUUUAAUUGGACUUUUUAAUGUUUCACCCAAUCAGUCUUCCUCAAAAAAUAUGUUCUGAUAAAGGAUUUUGGCCAUGUUUCCCGACGAGUUCAAUAAAUAUUUGUCUAUGCCUAUAAAUUUGGUUCAUUUAAUCA